GUCUCUUUUAAACCGCCGCCUCUCCGGCCCCUUUCACCUCGUCGUUUUCACCGUCUUUCGGCAGCCCAUUCGGCCACGGUCAUUCUUUUAUUUUAUUUUAUAAUACUUGAUACAAUUCAUCACGCUCAUUAAUACUGUAAUAAUCGUGUCGUUCGUCCAGCUAGGAUUAUUCACUCAUUCGAAUUCUACCUGUUGACGGCCGCCCCCAACCUCCUAAUACGCUCUCUCUCAGCAUCAAGAUUCCUGGAGAACCUAAUCGUCACUCUUUUUUGAGAACGUGUUACAGCAUCCACCUCAACCUCAGCGGACACCACGCAGCCCUAACCGCCGGCUCGACCCUCGUGAGAUAUCCUCCCUUGCACCAUGGCCUACUCCACCUCAGACUCCGGCUUCUUCGUUGAAUCCGAUGAACCUCGACACCCCCGCAUCAGCGCGAAGGAUGCCGCCAGGAUACUGGCACGCAACCGGCAAGAGAUGAUUGCCAACGAACUGUCUCGCCUCGCCGGUGACGAAUACUUGGAGGAUAUCAUGCAGCACAUGCGACACAUGGAAGACGAGACGCUACCAGAUGCCAACUUGAUCGACAUGCAAAGAGAGAUUCAGUGGUUCAUGAGGCCGUACCUGAUCGACUUCCUGAUCGAGGCCCAUGCCGCCUUUGCCCUUCUACCGGAGACGCUCUUUCUAACCGUGAACCUCCUUGACCGAUACUGUUCCAAGCGGGUAGUGUAUAAGCAGCACUACCAACUGGUUGGCUGCGCAGCUCUGCUGAUCGCCGCCAAGUAUGGCGACAAGAAGGACCGAGUGCCGCAGAUCAACGAGCUUAACAACAUGUGCUGCGGCCUUUACGACUCGGGAAUGUUCACCCAGAUGGAGAUGCACGUGCUCAACACCCUGGAAUGGACCAUCGGGCAUCCGACUGUCGAUUUCUUUACUCAAUUAAUAGUUGCCGAGGAAGCCGACGACCGCGAAGUCGAGCAUAUGGCAGCCUACCUGUGCGAGAUUGCGUUGUACCACCGCGACUUUGUUUCCACCAAGCCCUCGAUCAUGGCACGUGCCUCGCUUGCCCUCGCACGUGCGAUACUCGGCCAACCCGAAGCCAACGACGGAGAGUGGGAUCACGACGAGAACGUUACCGUCCUGGCCCUAUCUCAACACCUGCACCAACCCUCCGUUACGCUAUCGAGAAAAUACUCCUCGCAGCACUUUUCCCGUGUCUCCGGGAAGCUGUCAGACUUCCUCGCCCAGCAGGCCGCUAUCGCCCGACGAGCUCAGGGCCCUCCCUCUCCCCCCGCCGAGACCACCCUGUCCACCAAGCAGUCCAGCAUUUUCAGCACCCCACAGAAAGGCCACUGUGCUGCUUUGGGUGUGGCGGACGGAUACCUUACUCCGCCCAUCACCCCCGACGGAGUCUGUUUCGGCGUCGCGGACCCUAUGAACAAGUAUGUUCCGCCUCGCUGCCCGGUGACGCCGACACCGCAACCCACCGGCGUUCCCGGGUUCCCGCAGCAAUCCAUGCAGCAAUAUCCGUCAUCAACAUACGCGUACGAUGAGUACAACGCACAGCAGAUGGUCUCAUAAUUCUUAUUCCCUGGCCUAGCAAUACCAACUACUAUCAGUAGACGUAUCCCACCAAUUCUCUCACGUGAACGACGCUGCGUUUUGACAUCAUCCCAUGGAUGUUUGUAUCAUUGGCAGAAAAAAGAUUGCAUAAUUGACGGUUCAGGGUCAUCUC